CAGGUGUGUAUGAUUUAUGCAGCGUGUCGAUUAUCUAGACUCACACAUGGUAAACGUGCUGCGGGCUGCUCUGAAACAUUGUCACACUGCUAAGUGCUCAUUAAUAUUUUCUACAUACCGAACCCAGCCGUGUAACGUUAGUAAUUAUGCGCGGAAGCAAGACUUACUUUUGCAGUCCAUUGGACAGCAUCUGGCCGCCGGUUAUUCAGACAUGGAUUUUGGGGUUUCCAUGCGAUUCUAAUAAGAAGGUUGCCGUUUUCAAUGCUCUCCGAGCUGGUCUCGCAAAAACUAUCGAGCAGAAACCGUUUCUCGCGGGCAAGCUAGAUGUGUUAAAUGCAAAACUACAGCUCACUUACCGUCGGCUGGAUAAGACACCGGUACCUCUCAGUCUCAAUGACUUGACUGAUCAGCCGAGUGUUUGGCGUCCUUCGUUCGAGCAGUUACGGCGGGAAGGGAUGCCAGUCCGCUACUUAUCCCCGCGCAUUCUUGAGCCGGCGAGCUACGAGACAUUAGCGUCUACGCCUGUCAUGGCCCAGGCCAACUUCAUACCCGGCGGUUGUCUUUUAACAAUAUGCUAUAAUCACGGCUUUGGCGACGGUCCGCCACAAGUGAGCUUAAUUCAAUCAUGGGCUCAGAAUUGUAAAGACAUGGGCGAUCAGGGAGUGGACAUAUUGGAGACGAGCCCGGCGCCUAUGAUCUCUAAAAAUCCCGACGGAAUUAGCUCUGAUGCGCUGAGUCUCCCGAGUGCGCUUUCUGAAGAUGCAAUUUCCUCUGAUCAGAUAAAGGAGGAAACCAUCAAGAACGAUGCGAUGCUGUGGGAAAUGCUUGGACUGCAGAAACCAGUUCCCGGCGUCACACAAAUCCGCCCAAUGAGACCUCCUCUACAUAAUAGGGUGACGGCCGUUUUUGCAGCGUCAGACGAGGCAAUAGCGCACCUAAAAAUCUCAUCCCAGCUCUCAGGGGCAAGCGGUUCAGACUCGGAAAUAUCUUCAUUCGACGCGGAAGCUGCAUUGCUCUGGCGCUGUAUAAUGAGAGCUAGGUAUGAUGAUCUCAAGCUAGCGGGCUGUGUGCGAUCCCGCCUUCGCAUCCCUGUCGGACUGCGCAAGUCACUAGGCAUCUCUAGAGAUUUCCCUGGGAACGUGUUUAUGAACAGUGUCACCGAAUUGCCGCUCGAAGCUCUAGUCGCGGACACAGAUGGGCAACAUAUUGCGCCCUUGAUACGGAAGGCUAUCUACGGAGCACGAAAUGCCGAGAGGGCGCGGGACGCCAUACAGCUUGCCCGUCGGCUUCCUGAACCCAGCUUACGCCGGCCGUACUUCUCCAGCACCACGGGCGCGGAUUUGGUUUUGACAACGUGGCGGGAAUUCCCGUUCUACAAACACAACUGGGGACGGGUAUUGGGUUCUACGGAACACAUGCAGUACGUGCGAUUUCCCGAGGGCCAUCGCCCCGGUAUGUGUGCUAUGUUGCCGCGAAGAGGCGAUGGUGAAGUAGAAGUACUCGUUGAUAUGGAAAAGGGUCAAUUGAGUAAGCUAGCUGAUGACAUAGAAUUCAAGCAGUACUUCACUCUCAGAGCUGCUUAACACUAAGUUCAUCUACAUGCUUUAGCAUCAAAAUAUAUUGCUCUUUAGCCAGUACCUUGAAACAUUCCCAGUCUUUAGAGAAUGCCGAUAGUACUUGUCCAAAGCUAAUUUGACCAGUGCAACUGUGUUUACUUGUCAUUGUAUCCUAAUAGAUGACCUACACUAACCCCAAGGCCG